UUUGUCCUUUAGAUGCAGAUGGACAGCCGAGUCUUGUCCCGUCAAGGUGGCUCUUCUAUGUUGUGCCAUAUGUUUAUGAAGUGCCUGUACAGCCACUUCAUAAACAUAUGGCAGCUUGCGGACAGCUUGGGGAGACUCCCAUAAGAUUUAAAAUCCGGGAUUCUCCACCAGUUGCUCUUAGAACUGAAGAAGCUUCUCAGAUGAGAGGUGAAACAUCUUUAGACUAGGAUGACCUGGAUGACUGAGAAGCUUCACAGAUGCUUAUGCACCAAUCUGACUGAGAAUAAAUAAGAGGAAGACAUAGCUUUUUAAAAUGUAGCCACAAUUAGCCAACUGGUAGCACAACCAUAGUCCAAGUAUGAGUAUCAGAGUAGUCAGGGCGUAGGCUUAUUAGGGCAUGGUUUGACUCUGCUGAAACAGAAAUCUUCAGUUAUUUCCUGUUGAUGUUCAAUAUUUACUGAAGUUGAUGAAGAUGUUAAUUAUGAUGUUAUCCAUCCUUAAAGCAAAUAUGAUGUGUUACCCACAGUGUCACUGCAGUGUCUGCCCUCAGUGGUGGUUCAGCUCUGGCUCUAGGAAAUUGCAUGUUUCAGGAAACAGACUGAGCAAGUUCUCUGUUGAAAUCAGAUCAUCGUGCUGUAGAAUGACAACAAAACAGACAGCCAUGGAAGUGGACACUGCUUUUCUCAAAUCCAGGAGGGGGAUUGUGAAGGUGACAGAGAUGGUGACUCUGUUUGUGGCUUUUGUGUGUUUCGCUGUAGCCUCGACACCCAAGUACAUCGCAGCCACAGCGUUGGAGUUUUUCAUCACCUCGCUUCUGCUGGUGCUCUACCUGCUCAAACUCAACAAGAGGCUGACCUUCUUCUUUUGGCCUCUAGUUGAUGUAUUGAAUUCGGUCUUUGCGAGCGUUUACUUCAUCACCUUGAGCUUGAUGGCUAUGACUUCUUACAUUAACACAGGCAUGCUGAUUGGAGGGAUCAUGUGUUUCCUCUUAGCUGUGCUGCUGUGCGUUGAGAGCUACAUUCUGUUCAGUAUCAUCACAUUCAACAGGCCGAGGACUGAAACGCAGAAUACAUAAAGCAGACGAACUGCAGCAAACUAAUGACAACGUGUGCGCAUGAAUGACCCCAACCUGCUAACUGCUUUUGCAUUCUGUGCGUAGUUUAAAGGUUUAGCUGUAGAAGUGUUUGUUAGUUUAUCCACAGGCAUAUUUGAUUCUGUAACUAAGCAUGGUGUGGCUGUUUAAGAUUUCUAAAUUGUAAAGGGAAAGAGAAAAAAAAACAAAUAUCAAUAAAGAUUUUUUUUUUCU